AUGGAGGAGGACGGUGAGAUAUACGACGGUGCAAGAGCUGAAUUCCCUAUUUCCUUCGGAAAACAAUCCAAAUCUCAAACUCCUCUCGAAACCAUUCACAACGCCACUCGUCGUUCCGUUCCCAAUUCCAAAACCGCCAACGACUUUCCUUCCGUUUCUUCCUCUUCCAAACAAUGGCUUCAAUCCGUUCGUUCUUCCAAGAACCCUACCCCUCUUCCUCCUCCGCCACCAUCUCCUCCUCUUCACGACGAUUCUCCCCUCGUCGGACCUCCUCCGCCGCCACCACAUAAUGACGAGAAGGAGGAGGAUGACGGUGACAUGAUUGGCCCGCCCCCGCCGCCACCUGGUUCCAAUCUGGACGAUUCCGAUUCCGACGAGGAUUCUGAUCAAGACUUACUCGGAAACCGGUUUCGUAUUCCGCUUAGCAACGAGAUUGUACUCAAAGGCCAUACAAAGGUUGUAUCAGCUCUUGCUGUGGAUCACUCUGGAUCCAGAGUACUGUCUGGAAGCUAUGACUAUAUGGUUCGUAUGUAUGACUUUCAAGGAAUGAGUUCCCGGUUGCAAUCAUUUCGACAACUCGAGCCAUCUGAAGGGCAUCAAAUUCGCAAUUUAAGCUGGAGUCCAACUGCAGACCGCUUUUUGUGUGUGACCGGUUCGGCUCAAGCUAAGAUUUAUGAUCGCGAUGGCCUCACUUUGGGCGAGUUUAUAAAGGGAGACAUGUAUAUUCGUGAUCUAAAGAAUACCAAGGGGCAUAUAACUGGGUUGACAUGUGGAGAGUGGCACCCAAAAAAUAAGGAGACUAUUUUAACAUCAUCUGAGGAUGGGUCGCUCCGCAUAUGGGAUGUGAAUGACUUCACAAGUCAGAAGCAGGUCAUUAAACCAAAGCUUGCGAGACCUGGAAGAGUUCCUGUCACCACAUGCGCAUGGGAUCAUGAUGGUAAAUGCAUUGGUGGUGGUAUCGGAGAUGGUUCUAUACAGAUUUGGAGUAUUAAACCUGGAUGGGGGAGUAGGCCGGAUAUACAUAUUGAAAAAUGUCACGAGGAUGAUAUUACUAGUCUGAAAUUUUCUACUGAUGGGAGAAUCUUAUUGUCAAGGAGCUUUGAUGAUUCAUUGAAGGUUUGGGAUCUGCGCAAAACAAAAGAAGCAUUGAAGGUAUUUAAAGAACUGCCAAAUCACUAUGGACAAACAAAUGUUGGCUUCAGUCCAGAUGAGCAACUAUUUUUUACUGGAACAUCUUUAGAAAGGGAUAGCUCAACAGGAGGUUUAUUAUGCUUCUUUGAUAGAGUAAAUCUUGAACUUGUUUCAAAAGUUGGCAUAUCCCCCACUUCCAGUGUUGUUCAGUGUUCUUGGCAUCCUAAACUGAAUCAGAUCUUCGCAACUGUUGGCGAUAAAAGCCAAGGAGGGACUCACAUACUAUAUGAUCCAACCAUCAGUGAGAGAGGAGCUCUUGUUUGUGUUGCUCGUGCACCAAGGAAAAAAUCAGUUGAUGACUUUGAGGCAAAUCCUGUUAUUCACAAUCCUCAUGCUUUACCUCUAUUUAGAGAUCAGCCAAGCCGCAAGCGUCAGCGAGAGAAGGUAUUAAAGGAUCCAUUGAAGUCACAUAAGCCUGAACUACCCAUGACAGGACCUGGCUUUGGUGGACGAGUUGGUACAAGUCAAGGAAGCUUACUGACCCAGUAUCUUCUAAAGAAAGGAGGUUUGAUUAAGGAGACAUGGAUGGAUGAAGAUCCAAGGGAAGCUAUCCUAAAAUAUGCUGAUGUUGCAGCAAAGGAACCAAAGUUCAUAGCUCCAGCAUAUGCUGAAACUCAACCUGAGCCAUUGUUUGCGAAAUCAGAUUCUGAGGAUGAAGAGAAAUGA